AAGAGGCGUGGCUUAUGUGUUCCCCUUUCGUCCGCAGUGACCUCUGUCCCUUUAACUAACCGUCGUAAAAGGUUUCCGCCGACGUAAAAUCAGCUUUGCAGGGUUUGGUGUUCAUCCUCGUGCUGCACUUUUGUGGGGAGAAAAUGGCGCUGCUGACUCCUCUGUUCGCGUUUCUGUAUCAUUUACCGCAGGUUUAUAAAUGGCUGUUGAAGCCGUACUACGUGGCGUCGUUUUUUAUGUCGCUAGCUUUCCUGAUGGUCCGCAAGACUCCAGGGAUCUGUGAACAUCUUUCCACACAGAGGGAGGAUGGAAACCCCUGCGACUUCGACUGGAGAGAGGUGGAGAUACUGAUGUUUCUCAGUGCUAUAGUCAUGAUGAAGAACAGAAGAGCAAUAACAGUUGAGCAGCAUGUGGGGAACAUCAUCCUCUUCUGUAAAGUGGCCAAUGUGAUCCUCUUCUUCAGAUUGGAUAUUCGCAUGGGACUGCUCUACCUGACCCUGUGCAUCGUGUUCCUGAUGACCUGCAAGCCUCCUCUGUACAUGGGCCCCGAGUACAUCAAGUACUUCAGUGAUAAGACUAUAGACGAGGAAUUGGAAAGAGAGAACCGUGUAACCUGGCUUGUGGAGUUCUUCGCUAACUGGUCUUCUGAGUGUCAGUCGUUCGCAUCUGUCUACGCUGAUCUGUCCUUGAAGUACAACUGUGCUGGCCUGAAGUUUGGAAAAGUAGACGUGGGCCGCUACAGCGACGUGUCUCAGAAGUACAAGGUGAGUACAUCUCCUCUCUCCAAGCAGCUGCCGUCUCUGGUGCUCUUCCAGGGAGGGAAAGAAGUUAUGAGACGCCCCCAAGUGGACAAAAAAGGACGAGCAGUGUCUUGGAGCUUCACUGAGGAGAACAUCAUCAGAGAGUUUAAUUUAAAUGAGCUGUAUCAGAAAUCGAAGAAACUGAACAAGACGAAAGGAGACAGAAACGAAAAGCCCAGCGAGUCACAGUUCCCCCCUGUACCUGAAGAGGAGGAACCCGAGGCAGACGGUGCAGAGAAAGAGAGCAAAAAGGACAAAUAAGAUUAGAACAAUAGGGCGUCACUGGAACUGGUUGGUUUUUAUACACACGCUGAGCAGUGUGCCCAGUUGUAUGGGAAUAUUUCUCCCCCCUUCCCUUCCUUAAAGGAUCCAUCCAUUAUCAAAUCAAACUUGUACCUAAUGAAUGGAAUUGAAGAGCAGUGAAUAAUGCUGUUUAAGAACCCAUAACCAUCCACAGCCAUCAUUUAGGGGUAAAUGAGCCUGCCAACAGCAGGUGAGCCAGCAGUGUUUGUUUUAUUUUAACUACAUCUACCAAUUUCAUGCCUCCUACCUCUAAAGAGUUGAUUGUUCUUGACUAAUUUAUAGAUGUUUUGUAGAUAGUUGCUUUUAAAUGACUACUGAUGGAAUGCUAAUCAUCUCCUUUUUUUGUGAACUCGUGCCUACGUUUUCCUUUCGUCAUGCAUUCGGUAACAAAAGGUCCAGUAUCAGUACAUUUCAGAUGUAACAGACUUGUUUUCUCUGAAGGUGCUGCAAUUGUUGGCACAACAGCUCUGUUUGAAGAAUGACCAAAGCAUCAAAUGUUAUACCCUUCCCCCCCAAAAAAGCCUUCAUGUUCUGGGCACAGACCUCUUAUUCUAGCAUCCCUUUGUCUUAAAUAUCUUACUAAUUUAGCUUCCCCCCCCCCCAAUCUCAUGAAAAAAAUGGGAGCCUGUGGGCAGGUUUGGCAUUUUUGCCAAACGAACCCUUUACUGUUCUGUUUUCCUUGGGGUCAUCCUGCAGUGAGUGGACUUGCAUACCUGCACUUAUAGGGAACAUAAUUUUAGUUAGCUUGCCCACAAAAAAACUGUAUGCUGCAUGUACCCUAGUGACUAACUGAUUCUGACUUUACUCCAAACCACAAUUACUGUAUAGUGUCUUAACUCAAUUGCAGAUGGAUGUGACAGAGUGUGUGUACUGUGAGAGGUUUUGGCUGAAUGUUGACAUUCCAAUAAAAAGUCAUCUUGCAUAGUU